AUGGCGCUGGUCCAGUCUCUGCCCGUGUCCACUGACCAUCCGGGAGCAGGCCUGGACCCGCGUCUCCACCCCGCCUCGCCUCCUCUGAUGGGAGCGAUGGGUGCCGUCAGCAGCAUGAUGCAGAGUCACGUCACUUAUCCUGACCGCGCUAACAUAGAGGUCAGCACCAAAUUCCGCAAGGGCACGCCGGGCUCCGGACGCCUGCUGUCCGAAACCUCACAGGGAAGUCAGACUCCGUCCAGCAAGAGGAGGAACGCCGCCGGCAGAGCCACUCGCUCAUAUUCACACGAGGACUUGAUAAGAGACGGGAACGAUAAUCAUCUGUUUGUGGGUUCGACUUGUGCGGACGGACCUCCGAGACUGGUUCCAGUGUCUGGACAAUUAGAAAGAAGCCUUCAGCAGGCUAUAAUCAGACCCACUGCCUUCAAACCCGUGGUCCCUAGGAGCCGUAACGGCGUGCAGUAUCUGUCCCCGCGGCUCGGAGCCGGUCUGUCGGGAAGCCAAGGAAACCUCAGCAUGUGUUCUCCAGAAGACGAAGACGUCUCGCCCGUGACGACGGAACGGUGCAGCUCUUACAGCGGCGCUCGCAACGCUUUGUCCAGCCAGUCCUUUACGAUGACGGACACGCCACGCGACUCCUUAACCAACCUGCCGGCGUAUAACGGGCCGAGCCACAGCCAGAGCGAAGCCGGCAAACAUCACGGACACUCCAACUCCGACAGCGGCCGCUCCUCGUCCAGCAAGAGCACGGGCUCCCUGAGCGGCCGCGGCCCCCUGCUGACCGACCCGCUGUCCCCGCCGCCCAUCCAGACCUACGAGGCCAUCGUCAGAGACCUGGAGGACAAACUGAGGGAGCGAGACCUGGAGCUGCGGCAGCUCAGAGAAAACCUGGACGAGAACGAAGUAGCCAUCUGUCAGGUGUACGAGGAGCGUCAGGAGCGCACGGAGCUGGAGAUGGAGGAGUUCAGACAGACGUGUGCGGCUAAGAUGCAGAAGGCGUCUCAUAAAGCGCAGCGCGAGCAUCAGCUCCUGCAGCUCCAGGUGUUCCAGCUGCAGCAGGAGAAGAAGAAGCAGCAGGAGGACACGACGCAGCUCCUGCAGGAGCGCCAGAGGCUCGAGGAGCGCUGCGCCUCCUACCAACGAGAACACACACAGCUGGGGCCCAGACUGGAGGAGACCAAGUGGGAGGUGUGUCAGAAGUCUGGAGAGAUCUCACUGCUGAAGCAGCAGAUGAAGGACCUGCAGGCCGAUCUGGCGCAGCGCGUCGGUGAGCUGGUGACGCUGCGUGGACAGCUGCGAGAGGUUCGAGCCGAGCUGCAGACGUGUCAGAGUCAGCUGCAGGAGGCACACACAGCCUCACACACACCGACGCUGGAGCUGGAGGUCUGCGAGAACGAACUGCAGCGCCGCAAGAGCGAGAACGAGCUGCUCCGAGAGAAAAUAAGCCAUCUGGAAGAAGAGUCGUCUCACCUGCGCACCGACGACAGCGAGGAGCUGACAGCCUCAGAGCAGCAGAACGAUCGUCUGAAGGCGGAGCUCGCUUACGAACGCCAGCGCUCCUCCGAUCAGGCGUCUGCGUUCGAGAGCGAGAGGAAGAGCUGGGAGGAGGAGAAGGAUAAGGUGAUUCGGUAUCAGACGCAGCUGCAGCAGAACUACGUGCAGAUGUACAAAAGGAACCGAGAUCUGGAGCGGUCGCUCCGUCAGCUCAGCCUCGAGCUGGAGUCCCGGGAACAGGACGACGACAGCAGCGGAAACGAAGUCACGUUCGACGACAUCGCUGCCACCGAGAUCUGA